UCACCCACCUCCCUCCACGCAUUCUACCCCUGCUGCCCGCGACUGUGAUGAUGGUUAAUUGUGAGACUCCCCUCUUACUCCUCCGUGCAACCCCGCACGGACGAAGAGGGGUCCCCGUUGCCCGUCGCGCUCCCCGUGUUCCCGCCGAUUUGUAGGCUCUCUGCCGGCUCCCCCAGCUCCCCGUGCUGUCCCAGCUCCCCCAGCUCCCCCCUUCUCUCCCCAGCUCCCCCAGCUCCCCAGCUCCCUCCUCCCCCUCCUCCCCCAGCUCCCUCCUCCUCCCCGUGCUCUCCGUGCUGUCCCGGCUCCACCGAGGAGUUCCGCGCACUGCGCCGGCUGCCGACCCCGGUGCCCGUUUCCCGCCGCACGACAGCGCGAGAGAGACUUGCAGCAGCAGCGGUAGCAACAACGGCAGUGACAGCUGGAGGAGGAGCAGAAGAAGUAGCCAUCUGGACAAGCAUCCAGGGCAGAUGUGGAUCGUCUUUGCCGAAAACCGUAAAGCCUCUUCACGCCGAAGAUGCUGAUUAUUGUGGCGACACGAAGUUUCUAAAGGUUCGUGUCGAGGGGAUUCCUUUUCAAGCCGCCCGGCUGUGCUGUUCCCCGUGGUGUCGCGGCGGACACCGUUCCGUCACGUGACCCCAGCGGAGUGCCAAGUUAGCGCCGUUCAGACACGCGGAUCGCUUCUCAAGCGGCACAAUCCGCCGUGAGCUGUGGCCCGGACCACGGCGCGGUGAGAGGUGAAGGCUGCUGCACCGUCUCCUUCCCGAAUCCCCUCCCGCACUCCACUCGGCGGCUUGCCGAACAUUUGAGGUGCGAUCACUCCAAUUCAGAGGUUGGCUCGCGUUCUGCACGGAGGUCGUUGCUGCCUCACGCUGAUGGAUCGGUCGAACGGCGCCAAUCAAUAGAAGAAAAAUCAAGGCGGAAGAAACUACACCCCACCUACGCCCCACCGGAGACGAUUUGAUAAACACCCCCACCUUUGUGGACAUGAUAUUGGCAUCAUCAUUCGUAUCUAGAUCAGUGUGAGCCCCCCGCGUGAGCCCCCCGCGUGAGCCCCCCGCGUGAGCCCCCCGCGUGAGCCCCCCGCGUGAGCCCCCCGCGUGAGCCCCCCGCGUGAGCCCCCCGCGUGAGCCCCCCGCGUGAGCCCCCCGCGUGAGCCCCCCGCGUGAGCCCCCCGUUCCCAUCGCGAGCGGCGGCAUCGCCGCCGUCGUCACACAGCGGCAGGCAGGAUGCGCGCGUGGCCCCCGUCGUGGCGAUGGAUCAUGCUGAUCCUGUUGGCGUGGGGCUCCCUGCUCGUCUACAUGGGCGGCCACCUCAUCAGAGACCCCGAGAUGGGCGAGCACUCGAGCCGAGAACUUUCCAAGAUCAUGGCCAAGCUGGAACGGCUCAAACAGCAGAAUGAUGAUCUGCGGCAGAUGGCCGAAGCCCUACGGGUGUCCGAGCAGCAGGGAGAGCCGGUUGUGCCGUCCAGUCCCCAGAGAGUCAAGGGCCUCGAGGAGCGCCUUGCACAAGCCCAGAUGGAGCUCAGCUUCUACAAAGAGAAAUACCAGCAAGAAAAUGCAAAACAGGCGUCGGAGGUCGGCCCCGCCGUGAGCGCCGUGGCCGCGGCCGCGAGGAUCCCUGCCGGCCCCGGGACGGACCAUGAGCUGCUGCGGAGGAAGGUUGAGAACGGCAUCAAGGAAUUCUGGUUCUUCGUGCGCAGCGAGCUGAAGAAGAUGCAGCACGACGCCGGCGAUCACUCCAAGGAGAAGAUAACCAUGAUGCUGCAGGACAUGGGUCAUCAACAGAGGUCGAUCAUGACGGACCUGUUGAAGCUGAGCGAGGCGGACGGGGCGGCCGAGUGGAGGGCCCGGGAGGCCAAGGACCUCUCCGACCUGGUGCAGCAGAGGUUCCACUUCCUGCAGAACCCGAAAGACUGCCGCACGGCGCGCAAGCUGGUGUGCAAUAUCAACAAGGGCUGCGGCUACGGCUGCCAGCUACACCACGUCGUCUACUGCUUCAUGAUCGCCUACGGCACGCAGCGCACCAUGAUCCUCGAGUCCAGGGGCUGGCGCUACAGCCCCAAGGGCUUCGAGAAGUUCUUCCAGCCCGUCAGCGAGACGUGCAGGGACCGCUCUGGGAAGAGCACGGGCCACUGGUCCGGGGAGGCGAAUGACCGUGACGUGCAGGUCGUGGAGCUGCCGAUCGUGGACAGCCUCCACCCCCGGCCCCCGUACCUGCCUCUGGCCGUGCCGGAGGACCUGUGGGAGCGUGUCUCACGCCUGCAUGGCGACCCGUCCGUGUGGUGGGUUUCCCAGUUCAUCAAGUUCUUGGUGCGACCGCAGCCUCAGCUGGAGCAAGAGAUUCAACAAAACGCGGAGAAGAUGGGCUUUGAGCAUCCCAUUGUCGGGGUUCACGUGCGUCGCACGGACAAGGUGGGCACGGAGGCGGCCUUCCACGCCAUCGAGGAGUACAUGAGCCACGUGGAGGAGCACUUCGAGCUGCUGGCUCGCAGCGCCCCGGUGGAGGUGAAGCGUGUCUACCUGGCCACCGACGACCCGGGCCUGCUCGCCGAGGCCAAAGCCAAGUACCCGAGUUACGUGUUCAUCAGCGAUAACGCCAUCUCGCGCUCGGCCGGCCUGCAGAACCGCUACUCGGAGCAGUCCCUCAUCGGAGUCAUAAUGGACGUGCACUUCCUGGCACACAGCGACUUCCUCGUCUGCACCUUCUCCUCCCAGGUGUGCCGCGUGGCGUACGAGAUCAUGCAGACCCUGCACACGGACGCGUCCGCCUCGUUCCGUUCGCUCGACGACAUCUACUACUUCGGGGGGCAGAACGCCCACAACCAGGCGGCGGUCUACCGGCACGAGCCGCGCUCGCCCGACGAGAUCGCCCUGGAGCCGGGCGACACCGUGGGAGUGGCGGGUAACCACUGGGACGGAUACUCCAAGGGGGUGAACCGUCGCACGGGCCAAACGGGACUCUACCCCUCCUACAAGGUGCAGGAGAGGGUGGAGGUCGUCAAGUACCCCUCCUACCCCGAGGCCGACCGGAUACGUCUGCAAAAGCAGCACUAGCAGUCGAGCUACAAGGGGGGGGGGUUGGGGGGGGGGACCGUCACCGUCCAGCAGCAGCAGCGAGAGAGACUGCGUUACCCGGAAUCGCGAGUUGUAAUUGAAGAAUCAAAAGACAGACGGGAGAGACUGCAUUCUAUGAAUGAAUUUAAACAAAAGACUACCAUGAAAUGAAGAAAUAAACUACUGCUGGCGAUGCUGUUUACUUGCUAUUGCUUUGUAUUUCAUUGGCAGUCUUCAGGCAAGAGUUUGUCUUGUGGUAAGCGCGCCAGGCGAUUUGCAUUUGUGACAAGACUGAUGAGCAUUGGGAAGUAAUUUUUCAGCCUUUAUAAUCACGAGUGCAAAGUGCAGCUCCGGAAUUGCCACUUAAACAGUUAGGUUGUUUGUGGUUCACUGUUAUUUGUUUUUUUUUUGUCGAGAACUGUCUCUGUAAAGCUUUAACCUGGCUGUCUUGUGUUACGUGAGGGAUGGGGGGCGGUGUGUUGGAAGGGUAGAUCAUUUUCUGGGCUUGUAAACUUGUUACAUUCCUUUAUCAAACACCAUGCAUCUCCAACACUUUGGGUUUUGUUGUUAAGUUCAAGGCAGAGAGAGUACCUCAGGGUGCAGCUGGCAGGCUGCCUGGGUGUCCGACUGUGUCGCAAGGCAAGCAGGCGGGGUGGGUGCAUUCGUGUGGGAGACGUGUGGUGAGAGACGUGUGGGAGCAGACGUGACGCACUCCCUCCGUGGUGGGAGCCCGCACGUCCAAAUAGUCCUUCACCUGGGCCUAAUACAGCCUGAUCAGGAGAAACCAGCUCGCUACUUUGCCCGAUUAUAGAUCGUAAUCCUUCUAAAGCACACAUUCAUCAUGAGAACAUUACCUCAAUUUUGUACUUGUGCGAGAUGUCUGCGAGCAAUCCGACACACGCGCUCCUCCCGAUUCCGGCAAGUAUCGCCACAGCACGGACAAAAGAAGCAGAGGCAGCGGGGUCGUGACUGCGCGGCGUUUCCCCUCGAUCGGUUGUCUUCUCCCUCGUGGAACUUUGCCUUGGCCGGAUCCGGCGUUCGACGAGCCACGUGCAAAAGAGGUGUCCCCAACUUGUCUGGUGUAACAGUUUGAUCCGUUUUGGCAAGUUGAGUAGUCUUUGGUUUGGUUAAAGGUGUUUGAAGUCACCGUUUGAGGACAUCGUACUACAGCCUGCUCAAUAUUUUCUGUGGCCUUUUACACAGCAUUUGUUCAGCCUUAAAGUGCCAUCUUUAGCAGCUGCAAAAAGAGAAUGGAUUUACGUGCAAUGCCCGACAGAGCCACUGUCUCGGGCUCGCUGCGAAGGACUGCAGGUUAGGAGGUUACCGUUGUUAAUUCUUUCUUUCACUGGCGAAAUUAACACGGGAGAAUCAUUUGUUUGCAAAAUUUCCUAAAUAUACAACCGAAACAAUAUCCACUCUUUUGCCCAACUAAUUCCAAUCAAAUGGGAACAGACAUUACUGUAUAUUUCAAAAAUUAAGAAAGUCCUAUCUGUAGUCAUGGAUAUCCAUUUGUGCUUGAUAAUGGGUAAGUUGUUGAGAAUGUGUGGUUCUCUCUAAGGGCCGACUAAACUUUAUGCUGAAUGAAUGAUUCAUAGUGCUACUUAUACCGCAUUUAAUGGUCAAAAUGUAAAUAUUGAAGUCCCAAUAUGAAAGCUGUUCGUCGUACAGCUCACGUUCACUCUCAGUUUCCCCUCUGUGGAAAUAUCGUAGAAUAGGAGCUUUUCUCAUCGUGCCGGCACCAGCAUUGGGCGUUGUGAGAAGUGCCGGCACGUUUACACCGCUGCGUCAUUUCUGACGGCAAGAGGGAAGCGAGCAAGCCGAGUUAGCGAGCUCGGCGCGUGACCUUGGCCCCAAGUACCACGCCGCGGCCUCACUGGGUCGACCCCGGCACCAAACCCCCAUCGAUUUCCCAGGCCACGUGGCUCCCUCUCAAAAGAAGCACGUUUGCACAAUGUCACCCUUGGCCGCUCUCAGAACCAGACGUCGCAGCGGGUGGGGUGGGGAGAAACUUGAUAAUGGGAUGUAUAGUCGAGGUGUCCCUCGCUUCGCUUCACUUCACUUUUCGGAAUGUGUCUUGGUUCAGAAAAAAAGGCAACAUAUAUUUUAAGCGCGUGUUUACCUCACACAAGCGUAAGUUAAAACGUGUAUGCUCUUUCCCUCCUCCUGCUAAGGGCAGGAAAAGAGUUCAGGAGCAAUUGUUGACACAGGAGACGAGUCACACAAAGGCCUCAGCUGGGCCCUGACCUGGGCCUGACCUGGGCCCGACCUGGGCCCAUCGAGACCAUUGUGCAGUGGUCCUGGAGGUGCAGCACGAUUGACUCCUCGUUGCAACAUAGAAAUGUGACCUUGUGCAAGAACAAUUUAGCCAUUCGGUAACAAUGAGAAUCUCGUUUAAUGUGCUCCACCUUCACAAGACUUUUGGUUUGUGUUGCCAAUAGACAAUUACAUUCACUGAUGAUUUUAUUUCUCCUAAUUUGUUAUUUAAACAAUUAUGUUAUCUUCAUGGUUAUCCUAACCAGGCAUUAAAGAUCUGAGCAAUCUACAUUGUUUGGAGGAUAAGAGCAGUACUUGGACUCUGUUUAAUUUUACUCAAGUUGCCCGGAGCCUAUUUCACUCUCCGUAACAAACUAUUGAAUGCUCCAAUUCCCCCUCCGUCGUCACUAGUCACACGUGACAGUCCUCCCACAGAACAUCCACAUAUUCUCCAGAAUUGUAAUCGUCCCUGCAGGAGUUGGUUGUCUUGUACAAGAAUUGUUCUCACCAACCUGGCCAGGGAUAACUCACGCGCAAUACCUUCAGCAAGAACGAAUCUCGACUGCAUCUCUCUUCACCACUUUGAUUUUAUUUUGCGUGCUCUUUGUUCAACACCUGUAGCACAGAUCAUCGCCUCUAAAGCUGUACACUUAUAUUAGGAAGUCUGCAACAAAGACACUCGGUCAUGUAAGCAUGGUUAGCAUACCUGGUUCAUAGCUUAAAACAAGAAAAAUAUGCAUUUGUUCCACGAUUCUGUCAUCGGAGGCCUCAAAUAAAUGUGAACAAUCAUUUUUGACGGGCUAAAAAAUGGAUGUUAUCAGAAACACAAUAAUUGUAAAUAUAUUGAUAUUAAAUCAAUUGCAGUUUUUAAUAGCAAGUUAAAACGCCACCUAAUUCACGUAAACUUUAAUAAUUGGAAAUAUUUCAAUGCAUUCAAACGUGCUUAGAUUUGUUGCGCCACAAAUAAUAACUCUGUAAUCAUAUUUUAUGUUAAAGAUUUAUUCUAACGAGUUAACUUCCCCAUUCCAGGUAAAACGCAUUAAUCAGUGCAAAAUUACCCAUUCAGAUGUUUCAGCAAGUCUGGAGUGUUUCAAUUGGCACUUUUAAAAUUGAGGCUAUAAGUGCAUUCCAACUACUGCUGAGUAGGACUAGAUUUAGAUUAAAUAUGAUUUCAAAGGCCAGGUGGCUCAAUGGUAGAGUGAGCGUCUCUGGGGAUUGAGCCGGCCCAUCAUCUCUCCGAGUCAAUAAAAUAAAGUACCACUUUGUGGGGAAGUCGACGGUGGCUGUCAUAUGGAUAGACCCCCCCCCCUCCAGCACUGGUUCCGGGCUGUAAACAGGAGAUGAGCAGGAAAUCACUUUGACUUGUAUUGAACACUUAAAUCAUGCAGCAUUUUACGUAAGAGCAUGAGCUGUUUCUCGAGUAAACCGCAUCGACCCCAUUUAUUACCCGGACGCCUAAAUAACACUAGAAACUGAAGUACAACAAUAUUCGUACAGCCGAAGUGUGGCCGCAGGCAGCCUUCGAGUGCUGCUGACAUUCACUGAAAUGUUUUUUUUCUGUUGGCACAAGGUUGCGUCUGCAUGUGAUCCUUAUGGCGGUACCCCGGGGUGCCAAAUAAUACAACAUGGCCGAGGCAAUUAAAUCUUGCAUUUCUAGGACACUUUUUUUUCCAGGGGUGUACUUCGCUCCGCGAUGUCGAAACGCAGCGAGGACGAUUGCGCCGAAACCCUGAACGCUCGCGGUACGCACCGUAGUGGUGCAUCGUGUACAGCUCGUCGAGAUGAGUCGAUUGGCGCAUCGCCGACCAUCAGCAGACUAACAGUGACUGCAUCACGGAUAUUAUGCGAGAGCCGGGGUACUAUGGUACCCCGGGUUACCGCCAUGAGGUUCACAUGUUUCCAUCUGAAGUGGUGAUGUCUAUAAAUAACACAAGGGAACCUUUUUAAAAUCUGCUUCUCUUACCGUGCUGCCGCAAACACUUUCCAAACCGCUUGGCGCUUCAAAUAUGCCAGCUAAAAAUGUUAUAGCUAAUGGACUUGCUCCAAUAUUGGCAUUUAUUUUUGUACUAGUUUUGCACAAUUACAUUGCAGAAGCUACACUUGAGUGUUGUUGCGUCAUUGUUGUUCAGAAUUAGACCAGACCUGCGUGUCCCAGUGCAAUGACAUGCCGUCCAACAGUCACCAAAUAUACACACCUCGCUCGGUUCUAUUUCCUGGAUGCAUUUUGUAACCUUUGCUACUUUCUGGCCUGUAUAUCUACAUUUGAAACCCACCCAAAUGCCGGUCCAAGGGUCACUGUACAAAGGGGAACGUUCAUGAUAAUUGUCAUUGCUGCAAAAUUAAUGUUUUCCUCUGUGUAAAUUCUACUUUUAUUUUAAAUGAUUCCACUAUGAUUUUUCUGUGCUAUCGAAUAGAACGUGAUUUUUUCAUGUCUUGGUGAAAAAUUAAAUAAGUUAAAC